AGUGGUAAAGCUUGGCUUAAAGUUCAAGUACCCCUGAACCCUGCCCUACAGUAUCUCUAAACAAGGGAAUUUGAUAAGGCAGUUAAAAGAUAAUAUUACCUUUGCUCUCUCACUGCAAUCAAAAGCAUUCUUAGCUUUUAGGUAGACCCCACGGACUACCUUGGUGGGGCAUUUUCAAGAGCAUAGAAUCAUCGUUUCUGCUAGCAAAAGAAGAUGCUGUUUAAUUUGAGAAUCUUGUUGAACAAUGCAGCUCUUAGAAAUGGUCACCGUUUUAUGGUUCGAAAUUUCCGAUGUGGACAACCACUACAAAAUAAAAUACAGCUGAAGGGUCGUGACCUCCUCACUCUAAAGGACUUUACAGGAGAAGAAAUUAAGUAUAUGCUCUGGCUAUCAGCGGACCUGAAAUAUAGAAUAAAGCAGAAAGGAGAGUAUUUGCCUUUAUUGCAAGGGAAGUCUUUAGGCAUGAUUUUUGAAAAGAGAAGUACUCGAACAAGGUUGUCCACAGAAACAGGCUUUGCACUUCUGGGAGGACACCCUUGUUUUCUGACCACACAAGAUAUUCACUUGGGUGUGAAUGAAAGUCUCAAGGACACAGCUCGUGUGUUAUCUAGCAUGACAGAUGCAGUGUUGGCUCGAGUGUAUAAACAAUCAGAUCUGGACAUCCUGGCUAAAGAAGCAUCCAUCCCCAUCGUCAAUGGGCUGUCAGAUUUGUACCAUCCUAUCCAGAUCCUGGCUGACUACCUCACGCUCCAGGAACACUAUGGCUCUCUGAAAGGCCUUACCCUCAGCUGGAUUGGGGAUGGGAACAACAUUCUGCACUCCAUCAUGAUGAGUGCAGCAAAAUUUGGAAUGCACAUUCAAGCAGCUACUCCAAAGGGUUAUGAGCCGGAUCCCAGUAUAAUCAAGUUGGCAGAGCAGUAUGCCAAGGAGAACAAUACCAAGCUGUCACUGACGAAUAAUCCACUGGAAGCUGCUCGUGGAGGCAACGUAUUAAUUACGGACACUUGGAUAAGCAUGGGGCAAGAAGAGGAGAAGAAAAAGCGGCUCCAGGCUUUCAAAGGUUACCAGGUUACAAUGAAGACUGCUCAAGUUGCUGCCUCUGACUGGACAUUUUUACACUGCUUGCCCAGAAAGCCAGAAGAAGUGGAUGAUGAAGUGUUUUAUUCUCCGAAAUCACUAGUAUUCCCAGAGGCUGAAAACAGAAAGUGGACAAUCAUGGCUGUCAUGGUGUCCCUGCUUACCGAUUAUUCACCUCAGCUCCAGAAGCCAAAGUUUUAAUGCUGUGAUGCUGGUCAAGAGAGAAACGAUGUUCUUCAGUGACAGAAUGAGUCAGUUUAUGGGGCAAGGAGAAGAGAAUCUAAGAGAAAUAAACAAAUGGAAUAAGUGAACAAUAUGAUAUUUCUUUGCCAUUGUGAAUCUUUCCUAAAGCCCUUAAUUUAAGUAUUGAUGCACUGUAAUACAUUGCUUGACUUAGUUUCAACUCUUAAUUCACAAUUUCUGAGUUACAUUUAGGUAUCAUAUUAAUAAUCAUAUACAUUUGCCUCAACUAAACAUAAAAUACUGUGUUUAUAAUGCAUAAUGUCUAAGCUAUUAGAUGUAAUCUAUGCUUAUUACCUUAAUAAAUUAUCACCCAUGCUAAUUUA